AUGGUGCACGCGGACGCAGCAGGGCUGCCCAGUGACGUGACGAGCAAGAGCGCAUUUUACACGCACCUCGAGGAGCAGCUCACGGCGCUCCUCGACGGCCAGCGCAACUGGGUCACGAACCUCGCAAACGCGAGCUCUGUAAUCUACUUUUCUAUGAACAAGUUUCCAGAGUGGAAGGAGAAGCGUGUGAACUGGGCCGGCUUCUACCUCCUCUCGCCCCUGUUUCCCGGUGCCGAGGUUUCUUCUGGCAAGGACCCCAAGCUCUGGCUCGGUCCCUUUUGUGGUCUCCCCGCGUGCCAAGCCAUUAACUCGGUGCCUGGGCGCGGCGUGUGUGCGGAUGGCAGCGCGGUGCUCCCCCCGCGCACCGUGUGUGUCCCCCGGACGGAUGACUAUCCCGGCCACAUUGCCUGUGACUCGCUCUCCCAGUCGGAGAUUGUCGUGCCGAUUGUCGUGCCCCGCGCGAGCCUGUCGCAGGCCAGCCAGGAGGCCAUCCGAGGCAAGGGCGAGCCGGAGCUCGUGCGUGCCUGGGGCGGUCGAGGCGACGGCGACGAGGUCAUCAUUGGUGUGCUCGACAUUGACUGCGAGUCGCAGAAUGGCUUUGAUCAAGAUGAUGUACAAGGGCUUGAGCGCAUCGUGCGCCGCAUCAGUGCGGCCUGUGACUGGGCCGUCUAA